AUGACAGAAUUAUUAGAGCACGUUAAAAAUACGGGUAUAAAAAACGAAAUAGAAGAUGAAGUUAUCAUUCUAAAUGUUGGUGGUGUUAAAUUCGAAACCACUCGUAAAACUUUAAUCGAUCAUCCAGAAACAACUUUAGGAAAAUUAUUUAAUCCUAAAGAUCCUGAAUCAAUCAAACCAAUUUAUCCUGGUGGUAAUGAAUAUUUUAUUGAUCGAAAUAGUCACGCUUUCUAUUGCAGUUUAGAAUAUUAUCGCACUGGUGAAAUUCUCUGGAAUGAUGAUAUCAAAUCAAAAGAAUUUCCUGUUUCGAAACGGGCUAUAGAUUUAGAAAUAGAAUAUUUUAAGAUUCCCAUUUCUAAUAACCGUAUUACCCGUAACUUACAUGAGGGUGCUUCAAUUUUUGAUAAAUUUUGUGAUUAUAUGAUACUUUUUAUUAAUGAAGCAAUGAGCAGAUUUGCUGCGGAUGUCUCUGUUGCAUAUCAUAGAGAUGGUUCUAAUUCAAGUUGUUCUCCAUUUGAUAAUUAUGAAAAUGGAGGCUGGCAUCGUGAAUUUAAAAACAAGGAUAUGGGUUUUGUUCCAAUGAAAAAAUUGUUGGCGUAA